ACACAGCUCCAAUUCCCAAUCAAAUCACAAAAAAUAAUAAUAAAAAUGCUGACAACAAAAAUAACACCCUCCUUUUUGCGUCUCUCAAAUCAAAAUCAAGCAAGAAAAACCCACUACCAAGAACACCCAAUAACACGAAAAAGGCCUUGCUUUUGACAUAAGCAAGAACCAAGAGAGAGGAAAUGCCUCUCCUUUCUCCCUCUAACAAGGCGAGUAAGGAAACACCUGAUGGAAUCUCAGUCUCUCACUCCUUGUCUCUCUUCCUUGAAACAAAAACCCUAAAAAACUAAAAUCAAAAAAGAAAACCCAAAAUCCCACACUAGCCCCACUCUCUCUCCCCCACUCUAAACAGUCAGUCACACCUGUCGCCUUCAAUUGUGACUUUUGCGCCACUAGCAACAUUCACUUCUUUUUUUUUCUAUAUAAAGGUUCGGUUUUUAUUUUUCAAAAAUGACUUCUUCUUCUUCUUCUAUUAAGGAGACGACGGAGGAGGAACAGGUUGCGCCGGAUAUUGUGCCGGCUGGCGGUGGUGUUGCUGGAGCGGAGAAGACUGAGCCUGUCAGCAGUGGCGGGGAGGAAGAGAGUGGUGGCGAGAAACUUGACGAUUCAAUGGAAGAGGACUCAGUGAGUCCGGCUACUGUGUUUUGUAUUAGGCUGAAACAGCCACGGUCGAAUUUGCAGCAUAAAAUGAGUGUGCCUGAGCUUUGUCGCAAAUAUAGUGCUGUUGCUUGGUGUGGUAAGCUGAACGCGAUAGCUUGUGCAUCAGAAACUUGUGCAAGAAUUCCCAGCUCCAAUGCAAACCCACCAUUUUGGAUCCCCAUACACGUGGUUAUCCCUGAGAGACCAACUGAAUGUGCAGUUUUCAAUGUCAUAGCAGAUUCUCCUCGUGAUUCUGUUCAGUUUAUCGAAUGGUCCCCUACUUCUUGCCCUCGUGCAUUAUUAAUAGCUAAUUUCCAUGGGAGGAUAACUAUCUGGACUCAGCCUUCUCAAGGUCCAUCUAAUUUGGUGCGUGAUGCUAGCUGCUGGCAGCGUGAGCAUGAAUGGCGACAGGACAUUGCAGUUGUUACUAAAUGGCUAUCUGGGGUCUCUCCAUACAGGUGGCUUUCGUCAAAGUCCAGUACUCCCACAAACUCAAAGUCAGCUUUUGAGGAAAAAUUCCUUUCUCAGCAUUCUCAAACUUCAGCUAGAUGGCCAAAUUUCCUCUGUGUUUGUUCAGUUUUCUCAUCUGGUUCUGUUCAACUUCAUUGGUCCCAGUGGCCCCCAAGUCAGAAUAAUACAUCACCGAAGUGGUUUCGCACAAGCAAAGGACUCUUGGGUGCCGGCCCUAGUGGGAUUAUGGCUGCUGAUGCUAUUAUAACAGAUAGUGGUGCAAUGCAUGUUGCAGGUGUUCCGAUUGUAAACCCUUCAACUGUUGUUGUUUGGGAGGUUACUCCUGGCCCUGGAAAUGGAUUUCAAGCGACUCCAAUGGUGAGUACUAGCAAUGGGGUCCCGCCUUCAGUCAAGCCUCCUAAUUGGUCUGGUUUUGCUCCUUUGGCUUCAUAUUUAUUCAGCUGGCAGGAGCAUCUGAUGUCUGAAGCAAUGCAAGGGAAAAAGCAUAUGGAUAAAGAUUUCGCUGACACUGUCUCACUUCAUUGUUCGCCAGUUUCAAAUUUUUCUGCGUAUGUGAGUCCUGAGGCUGCAGCUCAAUCUGCAGCAACUACCACUUGGGGUUCUGGAGUCAGUGCCGUUGCUUUUGAUCCGACUCGUGGUGGCUCUGUGAUUGCGGUUGUUAUAGUUGAGGGACAAUAUAUGUCCCCUUAUGAUCCAGAUGAGGGUCCUUUAAUCACGGGAUGGAGGGUGCAACGCUGGGAAUCAUCCCUUCAACCUGUCGUUCUUCAUCCAAUAUUUGGAAAUCCCACUUCUGGUUUUGGUGGGCAGGCACCCAUGCAAACUGUAUGGGUGUCCAAAGUGGAUACAAGCAUACCACCAACUAAUGAUUUUAAAAAUCUCCAAGCAGCUCCUGCAGUACCAAUCUCAGAUGGAAGAAAGGCAUCUGAUUCUGGUUCUGAGAAGACGAAAAGAGUCACCUUUGAUCCCUCUGAUCUGCCCAGCGACGUGAGAACUCUUGCUCGAAUUGUUUAUUCUGCUCAUGGUGGCGAGAUUGCUAUUGCUUUUCUGCGGGGUGGAGUUCACAUUUUCUCUGGGCCAAACUUCACACUUGUUGACAACUACCAGAUUAAUGUUGGAUCUGCAAUUGCUGCUCCUGCCUUCUCUUCCACAAGCUGCUGCUCAGCUUCAGUUUGGCAUGACACUAGCAAGGAUCGCACUGUAUUGAAGAUAAUUCGUGUUCUUCCUCCUGCUGUUCCAAGUAGUCAGGUGAAGGCUAACUCAGCAAUCUGGGAGCGUGCUAUUGCUGAAAGGUUUUGGUGGAGCCUUUUGGUUGGUGUUGAUUGGUGGGAUGCUGUUGGGUGUACACAGAGUGCUGCUGAGGAUGGCAUCGUUUCACUUAACAGUGUCAUUGCAGUCUUGGAUGCUGAUUUUCAUUCUCUUCCCUCCACACAGCACAGGCAGCAGUAUGGUCCUAGUCUGGACAGGAUAAAAUGUAGGCUACUGGAAGGUACAAAUGCUCAGGAGGUUAGGGCAAUGGUUCUUGACAUGCAAGCUAGGUUGCUGCUUGAUAUGCUCGGCAAAGGCAUUGAGUCAGCUUUGAUAAAUCCUUCAGCAUUAGUAUCUGAACCAUGGCAGGCUUCUAGCGAGACAUUAUCUGGCAUUGAUCCUGAAGCAAUGACUAUUGAACCAAACCUUGUUCCGAGUAUUCAGGCUUAUGUUGAUGCAGUUCUUGAUCUAGCUUCACAUUUUAUCACACGUCUACGGCGUUAUGCAAGUUUCUGUCGCACACUGGCCAGUCACGCCGUUACAGCAGGCGCAGGCAGUAACCGCAAUACGGUGACUAGUCCUACUCAAAGUUCGGCAUCACCCACACCAAAUCAGGGUGGUCAAAGUGGCGGUACAAGUUCUACUGGAAGCACUCAGAUGCAAGCUUGGGUACAAGGUGCCAUUGCUAAGAUUAGUAGCACAACAGAUGGAGUGUCCACUGCAACUACAAACCCCAUAAGUGGUCCAUCUUCUUUCAUGCCAAUAAGCAUCAAUACUGGAACUUUUCCUGGAACCCCAGCAGUGAGGCUCAUUGGUGACUGCCAUUUCCUUCACAGAUUAUGCCAGCUUCUGCUUUUCUGUUUUUUCUUUCGGCGGCGAACUCAACUACCUCGCUUUGCCGGAGGUACACAGAGAAAUCCCACUGAUACAAAUGUGCAAAAACCUCAAUCUGGUGCUCCUGGCAAGGUGGAGGAGAUCAACUCUGUUUCUUCAAAGCCAGCACCAGCUGCGGUUCGGUCGGAUGAAGGUCAGGCAGUUCGAGGUAGUCAGGUAGUGCCUGGAGCUAAAGCAGUUGAAGAGGGACCUGCUGGCAGGCACAGAGUAGGCAGUGGCAAUGCUGGCCAAGGAUACAGUUCUGAGGAGGUGAAGGUCCUUUUCCUCAUACUCAUGGAUCUGUGUCGGCGAACAGCAGCUCUGGUACACCCAUUGCCGGUUUCUCAAGUAGGAAGCAGCAAUAUCCAGGUGCGGUUGCAUUAUAUUGACGGCAAUUAUACUGUAUUGCCAGAGGUUGUAGAAGCAUCUCUUGGCCCGCAUAUGCAGAACAUGCCACGGCCCAGAGGUGCAGAUGCUGCUGGUCUGUUACUCCGAGAGUUAGAACUACACCCGCCAUCUGAAGAGUGGCACAGGCGGAAUAUGUUUGGCGGACCCUGGUCUGAUCCAGAGGAUAAUGGUUCAGAGGAUUCUUCUAAGCUUAAGUCCACAGAUUCACUUGAUUUUAGCUCACUGGAAAAUUGUGAUGUUUAUUACGGAGCUCAUGGCCUUUGGCCGAGGAAGCGCAGACUGUCUGAAAGAGAUGCAGCUGUUGGCUUGAACACCUCUGCAGGCCUGGGAGCAUAUCUUGGCAUAAUGGGUUCUCGAAGAGAUGUUGUUACUGCAGUGUGGAAGACUGGUCUUGAAGGCGUUUGGUACAAGUGCAUAAGAUGUUUGCGGCAGACUUCGGCUUUGGCUUCCACUGGUGCUGCAAAUCCACCAGAUCAAAAUGAAAGAGAGGCUUGGUGGAUCAGCCGUUGGGCCUAUGGCUGUCCGAUGUGUGGGGGGACAUGGGUUCGAGUUGUAUAGACGAGACUGCAAUCACAAAUGUUAAUUAGAUGGAGGUUUCCACUUCCAUGACAAUCAAUUCAAGGUGGUGCAUGCAUGACUGCAAUGUUAAUUAGCUGCAGCUUUCCACUUUCAUGACAAUCAAUUCAGGGCAAGCUCAUGCAGUAGCUGAUGUUGAAGAAAGCAGCACUCUUUGAUGGUAGUAUAUUUUAUGUUCCUUUUUGUAGUUGCUGGUUGGAGCUUGGAAGUAAAGAGGGGCUGUUAGCCUUGCAGAAGUGGAAAUUCGUCCGUUCGUCCUAUGCAUCAGCUGUCUGGUGCUUAGGUAACAGCGUUUAAGUUCCUCAGCUCGACAGCAAAAGUUUUGGAAGGAAGGCUUGUGUUUUGGAAAAUGUUCAGGAGAGCUCCAUUAAUGAUGGUUCCCAGCAUUUCACAUAUAACAUUUGCUUUUCCUUUAAUGGAAGUGACAUUACCUGUACAUUAUAGAUACGAGAAAUUGAUCGGGAUAGCAGGUGUCACGUCUGUUUGAGACAACAUUAAUCAUUUAUUAGUAUGAUGCCCUGGUUUUUCAA